GGGACGGCAGGCUAUGUGUGUGUUAGUGAGUGUGUCUGAGGCUCGUCGAGCAGCAGGGGAACUUGAAAACUUCACCGCGUUCACCGAGGGACAUCUCUGACCGGAGAUUUGGCGUUUAGGGAGCCGAAUCCGCCGCUCCCAGUCCAGCUGUGAUCGACAGAGGAGGACCGGUCCGGUUCUCAGCACUGGAACGAUUUCCGGCCAACAUGGAUGAUUUAGAUGCUUUGUUGGCGGACCUUGAGUCCACAACAUCCCACAUUGCCAAGCAUCCUCUCUUCCUGUCUGACGAGACCGCCUACUCCUUCCCUGUGGGGAGUCAGACCCAGCCAGACAUCUGCUCUCCAUCCCAAGUCCCAUCCACUCCCUCUGAGCAGACCCUAAACGGACUGGAUGAAACAGAGUCCUUCAGCUCAGCUCAGAGAAGUCCCUGGUCUAGAGAUAGCAGCAGUCCAACACAACCCAUCGGUGGAGAGGACCACGUUUACAGUUUCCCUAAUAAGCAGAAGAGUAGUGAGUCAUCAGCUGUUGCCAUGAACUCAUCCUUGGGCAGCAACCUGUCUGAGCUGGACCGCCUGCUGUUGGAGCUCAACGCUGUCCAGCAGAGCACCCCUGCCUUCCCCACAGAAGAAGAAGCAGCUCCUCCGCUGCCUGCCAGCAGCGUCAUCCACCAUAUCCAUGAGAAUGGAGUUGCAGGCAAGGCUCCUCCACCUGCAUUGGAGAAGCCCAAACGCAGUGCUGCAGCUCGAGGAGUAGGAGAUGUACGACCAAGUGUAGAGAGACUUCUGGAUGAGCUGGAAAGUUCUGUGCCCGCACCCAUUCCUACACCGUUGGUUGUGUCAGACAAACAAACAGAUGGACAAGAGGAAACACCAGCACAGCAGCAGGCCAGGAUGUCUGCCUCCUCUGCCACACGAGAGCUGGAUGAGCUAAUGGCCUCCCUGUCUGACUUCAAAGUCCAAAGCAAUAUUCAGUCCCAAGGAAAGACUUCUCCCACCGGUCCCCCCAAACCAGCCAACAAGCUGGACAACAUGCUGGGAAGCCUGCAGUCGGACCUCAACAGACUUGGAGUCCAGACGGUGGCUAAAGGUGUCUGCGGAGCCUGCAAGAAACCCAUUGUUGGGCAGGUGGUGACUGCCAUGGGCAGAACGUGGCACCCCGAGCACUUUGUGUGCACCCACUGCCAGGAGGAGAUAGGCUCCAGGAACUUCUUUGAGCGGGAUGGGCAGCCUUACUGUGAGAAAGACUACCACAGCCUGUUCUCACCGCGAUGCCACUACUGUAAUGGACCCAUACUGGAUAGAGUGGUGACUGCUUUGGACAAGACUUGGCACCCAGAGCACUUCUUCUGUGCCCAGUGUGGAGCCUUUUUUGGACCAGAAGGUUUCCAUGAGAAGGAUGGAAAGGCAUUCUGCAGAAAGGACUACUUUGACAUGUUUGCCCCUAAAUGUGGUGGCUGUGCCCGUGCCAUCCUUGAGAACUACAUCUCUGCUCUAAACUCACUCUGGCACCCUGAAUGCUUCGUCUGCAGGGAGUGCUUCACGCCAUUCAUAAACGGCAGCUUCUUUGACCACGAGGGCCAGCCGUACUGUGAGUCGCACUACCACGAGCGGCGCGGCUCGCUGUGCUCCGGCUGCCAGAAGCCCAUCACCGGCCGCUGCAUCACUGCCAUGGGCAAGAAGUUCCACCCAGAGCACUUUGUGUGCGCUUUCUGCCUCAAGCAGCUCAACAAAGGCACCUUCAAGGAGCAGAAUGACAAGCCCUACUGCCAAGGCUGCUUCAUUAAACUCUUCAGUUAGACUGUGCGUUUGUGUAUAAAUGUGUGUGUGCACACGCGUCGACACAUUUAUUUACGUGCCUGAAUGCACGUGUGGAUGAGUGUGCACUCAAAUGUCUAGCAUGUAUGAGUCAGUGAAGUGUUUUUCUGAGUCUGUGAUCACAUCACAAGAGUGAGAAAUGUCUCUGACCAUUGACCCUUCACUCUGAAGGGACUUCCCUGGCUGUCCAACCUCUCAGGCUUGGCAUUUCACACUUUUGCUAAGGACGUUUUUAAACAGAGCCCAAAGAGAUUUUUAUUUAGCAUUUUAUUCCUGUGUGUGCAGCAAAGAAAAUGCAUUAAUUUCCCCUUGUGUGUGUACAGAUAGAAGCAUAUGAGGGCCAAAUUAAGAAGUCCUCAGAGGCCCGAUUUGUAAAUGAUUUUAUUCCCCCAUUGCAGGGCAAGACCUUGCACCAUAUGGUGGUUUUGUUUGAUUGCAUGGACCAUGGAGAGUUGACUUAAGCGGUUUCAAAAUAUGUUGAGUGUUAAAUACCCAGUGCUUGGCCAAUGAGCACUGAAAAUACUCUAUGAAAAAGAUGUAUUUUUCUAGCUUUGGAAACUAUUGAGGUGCCAUUUAAAAUGAAAACACUCCAUGUGUACAUGCACACAGACACACACUGAACUUCUUCAAUUCUUUAAAAUACCAGUUCAAACUCUUUGCACACUCUAACCACAGAUCUCUUGAUGAGACCAUCUUAAGGUGCGUUUUACAGGUGUCGGCAAGAUAUUAGCUAGCCCUUAUUUUUCUACUGUUUUACUAUGAAAAUGAACCCAGAUGCUUUCUCAGUUUCAGCAUACAUUACAUUCACAUUUGUGUUUUCAUUUUUUCCCAGCGGAAGUGAAAUCAAACAUUAGAAAGUAAUCACACUGAACUUUUUCCCCCUGUAGCAACUUGGGAGUUUGUUUUUACUUCCCUAUUGCAAAGUGUGUGUUGUGUCACAUACAUUUGAAUAAUGUUCAAAUAAAAUUUAACGGUUGCGACAGGAUAGUAAAUGGAUAGUAAAGGAUAGUAAAUGUACAAUGGUUAUUAAUAUUGAUCUUGUGGUGCAAUUUAAAACAAGCCAAGACAAAAUUAAUUGUAUUCUCCAGUUUAAAAGCGGAGAUUUCACUGCUGUAUUUGCCCACACAGUAUAAAUUCAGAAGAAUUCAA